UGUAGGCAACACAGCCGUAUCGAAGCACCACUUUGCUGUUGACAUGACACCGAUGGCGCCGCGGUGGUGGCUGGGAGCGGCGGCGUCUGGGCGGCGUCUAGGGCGUUGGCGAGCGCUAUCGCUGCGCACACAGCGAGUCAGAACGCCCAGCUACGAGUGUCGUGCGUUUUCCGUGCUGGUGUCGGUCCCGGAUCCCCGUGAGCGGCGUCCAAAUGCAGUUAAACCGCAGAUCCGAGCACUCGUGCUGCGUCGGGCCAUGAGCACGGUGCCGCCCAACGAAUCCGAUCAACAGAAGCAGCAGCGCGAUUUGGAGGCCAAGACGGCGGCUCGAAUCCUCAAGCAGAAGCUUAAGAAGGACAUGGAGACGGCCAGGAACCUCGCCAUGCACCAAGUGGUAAACAUACCCAACGUUAUUACAGCGGCACGGAUCCUGGCCACGCCCUAUCUAGCACAUCUGAUCAUCCAAGGAGACCACGUCUCAGCCAUCGGCUUACUGGCGGUGGCGGGGGUGUCUGACUGGCUGGACGGCUUCAUUGCGAGGACGUUCCAUCAAGAGUCGAUCGUGGGUUCAUUCCUGGACCCGUUCGCAGACAAACUGCUGAUCGGUACUUUGUCGCUCAGUAUGAUGUGGACGGGGUUGUUGCCACUACCGCUGGCGGCGCUGAUUUUGGGUCGGGACGGUUUGUUAAUUGGCGGCACGUUUUACCACCGACUGAAAACCAAGGACGAAUCCUCUGGAUUCUUCGACACCUCCGAUAGUGGAGCCUUCCAGGUCAAGCCAUCGAUGCUGAGCAAGGUCAACACUGCACUGCAGCUGUCAGUCUUCGGACUUACACUUACCAACGCAGCGUGGCAGAUUCCCCCGGACCCGGCACUUCAUCUUCUUUUUGGUGCUGUUGGCACAACAACCUUCCUGUCCGGAUCCGAGUAUUUGUACGGAUAUAUGACCAAGACUGGGGCGUUCAAGCCCCUUCCAAAAGCUGUUGAGCGGCCACUUCGCAAGGCAGUGGAAAGAACCGAAGCGGUUAUAGAACGCACUGAGGCUGUGGUCAAGCGCACUGAAGAAGUGGUUAAGGUUCCGCUUCAGAAAGCAGUCCAGCGCACGAAGGAGCGGCUGAAAAAGUAGAAACGUUAGACAGCAAUUGUGCUACUGCAGAGUCGAAGAGAUGGGAAACGAGAGAUCUUGAGAACCCCGAACAGGUGUGUGAUUUUAACUUGUGUUGUUAUUUACCUAUUACAGUACAGGCUAUUAAAGUACAGGCUCCAAAUCGAAAUUCCCGCGGCUUCGAAACACUUUAUUGCAUCAUGAGUUUGACUGCAGUUUGUACGUGAGCAACGUCAGUAAGAAAAUUUCCACCAUAAAAAUUAUGCAACAACUCGAAGUUCCUCAAAACCA